GAGUGGCGCGUGCAGAAGAGGUGCCUGUCUGCACAUCCACCUUGGGUGCGCUAUAUAAACUCCGCCACUGCCUCACCAAAGCAUCAGUUCGUCUGCAGCACAGCAAACAAACAGCCCAACCAACCAACAUGAAAUUCCUGGUUUGCAUCGCCCUCCUGGCCGCCGUGGCCUCCGCCGAGCCCGGAGUUUUGGGCUACAACUCUUACGGCUACGCCGCCGCCCCCUACGGCCACCACUAUGCCGCCCCCGUCGUCAAGGCCAUCGCCCCCGUCGCCACCUCCUACGCUAACGUGCACUCCGUGCACCACGCCGCCCCCGUCGCCUACGGAUACGGCCACAGCCCCCUGGCCUACAACUCGUACGGCCGCGUCUACGGAAACGCUUACAACACCUACCCCGCCGCCUCCGCCUACAGCUACGGCUACAAGAACUACGCCCACGGCUACGGUCUCCACGGCCUCCACUACUAAGCGAAUGCACCAAAGAUUUUUAACCACAUCAAACACCAUUUCGAGUUAUUUAUUAUACCACACACAUCGAUUUAUAUUGUGAUCCCGCAGAGUGUAAAAUAAAUUCACCCGACUGAUUUGACUGUAAAAAA